AUGAGGAUAUUGAGGAAGUUGAGACUAGGUACGUUAUUUCGUGGAUUGUCGUUAUUGUUGGAAGAUGUGAAUCCAGUUUACCCGAUGCUUUUGUUAGCAUGUUUAAUCACAAUAUUGUUCUUAAAGAGUUCGAUUGAGGAAGAAACUAGUAAAUUGAACUCUAGACAAGAUUGGAACACUGCCACCGAUUCUAUUUUCUACCCUGGAUGUAUAGAUACUCAACAAUAUUUGGGAGACGCUAAUUAUAUGGGACAAAACGCCACUUUCUUGAUGUUGGCAAGGAAUUCAGAACUUACUGAAGUAUUAUCAACUUUAGAAAAUAUAGAAUCCCAUUUUAAUCAAUGGUUCCAUUAUCCUUACGUUUUUCUUAACGAUGAACCUUUUACUGAAGAGUUUCAACAUAAAGUUCAACAAUUGAUAUCAUCGGAGGCAUCCUUUGGAAUAUUGAAUGAAGAACAAUGGACCUUGACUGAUUCGUCGGACUUGGAUGAAAACAUUCAAGUACAAGGAGAUAGGGAUAUACUGUAUGGUGAUAAUCCAUCAUAUCAUAAGAUGUGUCGUUUUUAUUCCGGUUGGUUCUAUAGACAUGAAUUGGUUCAACAAUAUGAAUGGUAUUGGCGUCUUGAACCUGCGGUGGAAUUCUAUUGCGAUUUAACUUAUGAUCCCUUCUUUGAAAUGUCUAAAGCAGGCAAGAAAUAUGGGUUCACUGUAAUUAUACCCGAAUUACAAGAGACGAUACCUAGUUUAUUUCGUUCAACAUUGGCAUACAUAAGGGAAAAUCAAAUAAAAGUUGGAUCACUUUGGAAAUUAUUUUCAAUGGAUCAUCAUUUGGUUAGUAAUCUUACGUCAAUAUUAGAUAAAUUAAUCAAUUAUCCCGAUGAUAUUAUGGAUAAAAUAUCAGAUGAAAUUGCCAUUGAACAUCUCUUAGAUCAUGGAUUAGAUCACAAGGAUACCACGAUUUCUAGUUUUAAAAAGUUGCUAAGUCGGUCAACUACUCCAGCACCGAUGAUGACCCGGAAAUAUUCAGAUUUACAAUAUAAUCUUUGUCAUUUCUGGUCUAAUUUCGAGAUUGCAAGGGUAGAUAUUUUUGAUAAUGAAAUAUACCGCGGUUAUUUUAACCACUUGGAUCAAUCUGGUGGAUUUUGGAAAGAACGUUGGGGUGAUGCACCUGUACAUUCCCUUGGUUUAUCUCUAACUUUGAAUGUGAGUGAUAUACAUUAUUUUAGAGAUAUCGGUUAUAAACAUUCUACUUUACAACAUUGUCCCAAAAAUGCUCAAGGUGGUGAAUUAACCUAUAUAACUACAAGCAAUCGUUGGGAACGAAAAAAUGAACAGAAUCAAUAUGAUAAAGGGAUUAAAACAGGUAGUGGUUGUAGAUGUAAAUGUCCUAAUAGUGCUGAAUUAGAAGAUAACCAAUCAUAUUGUCAGGAAAUAUGGCUGAACCUGAUAAAGGAUCCUCAUCCAAAUAAACCAAGAAAGCCGAUAUUUGAAUAUAAUGAGCUUAAGUCAGUAUUAAAGAAAGAUUUUCUAAGUAAUUUGAAAACUUCUUAA